AUGGGUCUCGUUUCGAAUCAACGAGGCUCGAGAACAGAGACGAAAACCCAUGAGGGUUUACCAGUUUCCGUUUCGCCAGGAGGUGGUGCAGCGGUUGCGAAGAAGAAAUGGUCGAGUUUGUUGCCUUUAUGUGUGGCUCUUGUGGUUAUUGCAGAGAUCGCGUUUUUGGGUAAGUUGGAUAUGGCCAAGAAUGCAGCAAUGGUGGCUGACUUGUUCUAUCGGUCUCGUGUGGUUGAAAGUGAUGAUUUGGGGUUAGAGAUGGUGGUUGGUGAGAGAAAUUUGGAAUCAAAGAAUGAAAGCUGUGAAGAAUGGUUGGAGAGAGUGGAUGCUGUUACAUAUAAAAGGGACUUUGUUAAGGAACCUGUUUUUGUUUCUGGUGCUGAACAGGAGUGGAGAUCAUGUGCAGUGGGAUGUAAGUUUGGGUUAAGUGGGAACCAGAGACCUGAUGCUACAUUUGGUUUACCUCUACAAGCUGGAAUGGCAAGUGUUCUACGAUCAAUGGAAUCUGCACACUACUAUCCAGAGAACAAUCUUGCCAUGGCACGACGGAAGGGAUAUAACAUUGUAAUGACAACUAGUCUAUCGUCUGAUGUUCCUGUUGGAUACUUUUCCUGGGCUGAGUAUAACAUCAUGGCACCGGUAAAGCCAAAAACUGAAAAAGCUCUUGCAGCUGCGUUCAUUUCCAACUGUGGUGCUCGAAAUUUCCGGUUGCAAGCUCUUGAAGCCCUUGAAAGAACUAACAUCUCUAUUGACUCUUACGGUGGUUGUCAUAGAAACCGUGAUGGAAGAGCAGUGAACAAAGUGGAAACUCUGAAGCACUACAAAUUUAGCUUAGCAUUUGAAAAUUCUAACGAGGAGGAUUAUGUUACUGAAAAAUUCUUCCAGUCCCUUGUCGCUGGAACUAUCCCUGUGGUUGUUGGUGCUCCAAAUAUUCAAGAUUUUGCUCCUUCUCCUGGUUCAGUUUUACAUAUUAAAGAGCUAAAGGAUGCCGGGUCUAUUGCCAAGACAAUGAGAUAUCUAGCAGAAAACCCAGAAGCAUAUAAUCAAUCAAUUAGGUGGAAGUUUGACGGCCCAUCUGAUUCCUUCAAGGCCCUUGUGGAUAUGGCAGCUGUACAUUCAUCUUGCCGCCUUUGCAUUCACUUGGCCACGACGAGUAGAGAGAAGGAAGAAAAAAGCCUGAACCUCAAGAAUCGCCCUUGCAAGUGCACUCGAGGGUCAGAAACUGUAUAUCAUAUCUACGUGAGAGAAAGGGGGAGAUUCGAGAUGGAGUCCAUUUACCUGAGAUCCAGCAAUUUAACUCUGGAGGCCUUAAAGUCUGCUGUUCUUGCGAAAUUCACAUCCCUGAAUCAUGUUCCUGUAUGGAAGUCUGAAAGACCCGAAGUUCUAAAAGGUGGCAAUGAAUUGAAGAUUUACAGAAUACACCCUGCGGGUUUGACACAAAGGCAGGCUCUUUAUACUUUCGAGUUCGACGGGGAUGAUGAUUUCAGGGGUCACUUGGAAAGCAAUCCUUGUGCCAAGUUUGAAGUCAUUUUUGUGUAG